GCUCUGGCUGUGCAGGCGAGGCUGCCUGGCAGGGUUUCCAAGUCAUGUUGGUGAACAAAGCCUGCAGGGUUUUUGGUCUUCUCAUAUCCCACUACUCACACAGUGUGGUCCUCAGUGGUCUGCAGUCUUCUCGCCUGUGCUCCUCAUGGACUGGAGUCAAGAAGCGCAAUUACUGGAAGUAUCUAAAAAGGUCCAUACUGGGUGCCCCUGCCCCGCCGUACAAGAAAGUGGUGCAGACCGGAAAUCCAAUCUUGCGUGGCCAGGCUGAGUCUGUUCCUCCCGAACGUAUUCCCCACCCUGAAACACAGGCCUUGCUGAAGAGGAUGACGCAGAUUAUGAGAUCCUGUGGCUGCGUGGGACUGAGCGCCCCCCAGCUCGGGGUUCCUCUCCGCGUUAUGAUGCUGGAACUCCCAGAACAUCUAUGCCAGAUGGUGCCUCCAGAUGUGCGGACAUUUCGAGAAAUGGAGCCGUUCCCUCUGAAGAUUUUUAUAAACCCGACCAUGCGCAUCCUGGAGUCUAGAAAGCUUAGCUUCCCGGAGGGCUGCAGUAGUGUGCAAGGCUUCUCCGCUGUGGUACCACGGUGCUACUCUGUGGAGGUAUCGGGGCUGAAUGAAAAGGGGGAGCAGACUAGCUGGAAGACGCAAGGCUGGACAGCCCGCAUCGUUCAGCACGAGAUGGAUCACUUAGAUGGAGUCCUCUACAUUGAUAAAAUGGACUCCCGAACCUUUGUAAACAUGUGCUGGAUGGAAGUCCAUGAAUGAUGAGAAGGAACACACCGGCCUU